UAACAAAACCAGCGUCCUCGCCGACACGAGUACUCAUUCACGACGGAUUUUGUGUGACUGACACAACCUUUCUGUUUCUGUGACGCGAUUUGUUGGCUUUUCUUUUACUAUUUCUUAGUAAACCCGCGUAGAAGUUUCACGGUAAAGUUGUUGUUUUUGUCCCCGCACAACCGCACCUGAGUUGUGUACGUACGUGUGUGUGUGUUUGGUGUGUGUGUGUGCCGCGUCCACCAUGGACUUGGUGUGGAUUGUGGGCUGCCUGGUGAGUUUGUGCACCUGGGUCGCUUCUGCCGAGCGCCACAGCGUCUUCUGGAACAGCACAAACCCAAAGUUUCUGUGGGACGACUACACCGUGGAGGUGAGGCUUAACGACUACCUGGACAUCGUGUGCCCACAUUACCCACAGGGCGAGGUGCUGCUGCUGGACGCCGAGCGCUACGUGCUCUACAUGGUGGAGCAGGAGGACUACGAUUCGUGCAAGCCGCAGUCGUACGACCAAAUGCGCUGGGAGUGCGGACACCCGUUUGCGCCGCACGGGCCCGAGAAGUUCUCCGAAAAGUUCCAGCGGUUUACACCUUUUACCCUCGGGAAGGAGUUCCGCCAGGGAGAAAGCUACUAUUAUAUCUCUAAACCUUUACACCACCAUGGGCAAGAGUGCCUGCGACUCAGGGUGGACGUCGUCGCGGCCGACGGCUCUCAGGAGGCCAGAGUGGCCAAAGGGGGCACAGGUGGGGCUACAGUGGGAGCUGGAGGUGGCGCUCACAACCCAUCUAACAGACUGCCUGCAGCAGACGACCCGGUGGUCAGCCUCCCCGAGGUCCAGAAGAGCGUGCGGACCAACUCGCCGGCGACGGCGCCGUCCUCGCUCUGCGUCCUGUGGCUCGUCGCCCCCUUGUCCCUGCUGCUCCUGCUGCACUAGGACUCCAUGAAAAAAAAGUUGAUCUCCCCCAGUGCCGGCCACGGGGCGGAGAAUAGACAGACGUGCUCGAGGGACACUUGCUUUUUUCGAGGACCCUGCCUGAAGAACAAUCAAGAACUGAAUGAGAUAACCCCGAAAAAAGGACUCUUAUCAAACUCUUCUGAGCCAAAGAUUGGUCAUCUCUCCCAUCUUGUACACUAAAUCCACCCACCACUUUCGUGUUUGGUAUUAUUAUUAUUGUAACGUGGCAUUUGACAUCAUAAAUGAUGACUUUUUUUUGGUUUUUAUUUUUUAUGUAGCAGACAUGGAAGCUGUUGCCAUGGCAACAGCCGUCAAUACUGUAGCACUACACAUGGAGAAAGAAAGGCAUCAUCAGCUGAAUCCCUUAGAAAAACCUGUUGUACAUGAUGUGAAGAUAAGUUAUGACAUUCGGGAGGUUUACUGUAUAUAACAACAUACGGAUGUGUGUGUGCGUGUGUGUGCGUGUGUGUGCGUGUGCGUGUGUGUGCGUGUGUGUGUGUGUGUGUGGUAAAACAAAAAGUAUUCACUGCCAAAAGUAAACACUGACUUGUGUUUUUUUUUGUUUAGUUUUUUUUUUAAAGAGAGGCUGGCCUUCUUUCUUUAUUGGCUUUUUUUUUUUUAAAGCUAAAAAAAAAUGAUAAACUAUCCCCACUAUUUAGAUUAUUAAUUUGACCAUAGCAUCUACAUCCGCAUCAUCCCCUAACAGGCUGGCGGGAACAACGAAGCACAACACAAAUGCCGACCAAUGAAGUCCGAUUUUUUUUUUAGUUUUUU